CGUAUUUCUUUUUUAGAUUUUCUGAUUAUUAUUCUGUUAUUCCCUUGAGGAGUGUCUGUCUGUGUCUGCAUGUCAUCCCGCCCACGGCCAAGUCAGCCAGUUGUCCCUCCCUUAUCCGGACGAGGUCGGAGUUUAUCAGCCUGUGAAUCAUUCAACUAUUCCUAUUCUACUACUAUUCUUCCCUCAUUCGAAUCCCUCUUCUACUACUUACUACUCACAUACUGUACUUACUUGGUAGCUGACUUGACUGACUGGCUAUCCCACUGUUGUCUAUUAUUUGUUUCGGUGCUUUAGUUUUUUUUAUUUUUAUUAUUAUUAUUUUCCACCUUCUUGGUAUAUGUCCUCGAAAUAGUGUGUGUGGGUGUGGAUUAUAUUUCUCCAUUUUCUGCAAUCUACCCCCCUCCAUCAGUCGUCCUCAUUAUUGUUAUUAUCCUGCCCACUUUC